UGUUGUACAUAUAAGAUGAAUCAUUCGAAUUGACUAGUAUGUAGAAAUAUCAUACUAUACCAAAACUUUGGGUCAACAUUGUCAACAAAAUAGGAAGAAAAAAACCCAAUACAAAAAGAAUUGAGCCAAUUCUUUUCCUUUGUCCUAGAAUUUGACCUUCCAUGGCAUUGCAUGCAAAUUUCCAUUUUCCUCAUUGUUAUUGAAAACAUUUUUCAACCAUUUUUAAUCAAUGUCUACAUAAUCAAACUCAACAAAGAAACUCCCUUUCUCUUUUCCUACCUACAAGAACUUGACUUGGCACUUUUGAGAGGAAACAACGCCUCGAAUCGCGCCCAACGAGCUCACCCUCAACAUACAGUUGACGUCGAUCUCUUUGCUUCGCGACUUCACCCCCGAAGCACUCAUCACCACCGGAAUCCUCAUCAUCAACGACAACGAAACCGGAGCUUUCCCCUUCUUGUCUGCCACACUUGCCUUCACCGCCGUGGGCAUCUUCCCCUUCCCGACCCCCUUGAGUCGCAAGCCAACCGCCUUGGUCUGGCCCACCCCAACCCUCAGCCCGGGGAACCGACCGGAUCCGAUCUCGAAAUUCCUGUACAUCAAAGUGACGUCUCCAUUUCCAUCAGGCGAAAUGCCCAUCUUCCCGUCAUCUUUAACGGUGACAGCCAUGUUGAAGCUGGUUAAGUUCUUGGCGUUGAGGCGGUUGAUGUGGAUGAUGGGGGGUUUCGGCUGGAUGAGGGCGUGGGCGAUGGCGAAGCUCACCCCGACGAUGGCCGCGAUUACGAUGAAGGCAGCGAUGGUCCAAGACACGCAUCGGGAUGAGCAGCACGUGGAGGUUUGGCUGGAGGACUUCUUCUCGUUGCGGUGGCGCUCGAUGAUCUUGGCAUGCUCCGGUGGUGGGACGGCGAAGAUUUGGUCCUUGGGGAUCUGGAUGACAUAGGUGGUUUGGGGUUGGAGGGAUAAGGAGAAGGAAGGAGCUUUGGAGAUCUUGCGGGAAUGGGUCGGAGCCAGCAGCGGUGGCUGAGACCCGAUCCUCCAUGUGGAGAUGGGGAGGUGGUGACAGUGGG